CCCUCAAAUGAAAAAUGAUGGGGAGAGUAGAGGAACCUGAGCAGAGCAUCACAGCUUCUGUGAUCUGCAAUGGCUUCCUAGUCAGGACAGGUGUGAAAAUAAAACAUCUAGCUACCUUCAGGAAAAAGAGGAAGCUACCUUCAGGAAAAGCAAGUUUAACUGAGGUGGUGAGAAUGAAAUAGAGCAUUUAGUUUGCUCACAGUGCAGCGAGGGAUGAGGGGUUGAGCUGGGUUUGCCCUGGCUGUGCUGCAGUGCCAUGUUUCCCAAGCAGGACGUGGAGACAGAAGGACACCAAGGAGCUGCUCAGGAGACAGCUCAGUGAUCAGCUGGUGCAGCUGGAAUUCCCUGGGCAGUGUGCACACUCCUGCCAGCUGGAGACCCCUCGGCCCUGCCCGCAGCCAGCGGGAUGAUGGGCUGGAUUGACCGGGUGGUCCCCCAGCCCCCGGUGCCCCAUGUGACAGAGGAGACCCCUGUGCAGGAGCCACAGCCAGCUAAGGCACCAACAGGAAAGGCCGGUGGCCCCACAGAUGCUGCUGAGCGGGCACACGCUGAGGAAACGGAAAAGAAAGUGACCUUUGUGGUUUCUGAGGACUCCGGUUCUGUGUUUGACAGUGUGGGGAGCAGUGUGCUCUCCUGGCUCUCCCAUGGGCUGGAGAAGGUGAUUCCCCAGCCAGCCCCAACCCCAGGGCUGCAGGCUCUCGGGAAGAGCUUCGAGACAAGCGUCGACAUUGCUGAUGAGACAGAGGUCCAGGUCAUUGGGGAUGAGGACGACGAUGGUCUGGAGAUAACUCCCUUUGAUGCCGAGGAGGAUGUCUCCGAGGGCGAGCCGGAGACCGCUCCGGAGGAGUGGGCAGGAAAACGGGUGCUCAGCUGGCUGUCACAGGGCUUCGAGAGGAUUUUGCCGCAGCCAGAGGGGAUGAAAAGGCUGGAGGUGAGGGGGGACAUGUCCACCUGGGGUGGCCUGAGGCCGUGCUUUGCCACGUCCAUCCGUCCCUCUGUCCCUCUGCAGACAGAGCCGAAGGAGAGGAGCGAAGGCGCGGCGGAAGGCACAGAAGGGACUGAAACCCAGGCGAAGCCGAAGCCCAGCGCUCCAGGCACACAGAGCGGCCCAGCAGAGGAGGCAGCAGCAGCCCAGGGCCAGCCGGGGCCGGGGGCCGCGCUGAGCCCUCAGUCCGUGGCUGCGGACGGCCUCAGGAUGUUCAGCUGGUUUGUCCAGGGGCUGGAGAAGGUGAUGCCACAGCCGGUGACCAGGGAGAAGCAGGACACACAGGGAGUGGCCACAGCAACCUCGAGUCCUGUGGAACAAAUUCAUGUAGCCCCUGGGGAACAGGAGGAAACCCAUCUCAUCCUGCAAGAGAUCGAUGAGGGCCAGAUUAAUGAAGAGAUGACGGCCUGGGCUCACAAGGCUGAGCUGCAGGCAGAUGCUCAUUCCCUUCCCACCAUACAGGAGGAACCUCAGGAAGAAGAAAGCAGACUGUGUUUGUGCUCCCCAAACACUACCGAGGAGGAGGAGGAAAAGGAGGAGGAGGAGGAAGAAAGGAAGGAGAAGGAAGAGGAAGAGGAAGAGGAAAGGAAGAAAGAGGAGGAGGAAGAGAGAAUAAAAGAGGAAGAGGAGAUGAAGCAAGAGGAGGAGGACAGGAAAGAGGAUGAAGAAGAGAGGAAGAAAAAGGAAGAGGACAGGAAAAAGGAGGAGGAGGAGGACAAGCAAAAUGAGGAAGAGGAGAGGAAGAUAGAGGAGGAGGACAGGAAAGAGGAUGAAGAAGAGAGAAAGAAAAAGGAAGAGGACAGGAAAAAGGAGGAGGAGGAGGACAAGCAAAAUGAGGAAGAGGAGAGGAAGAUAGAGGAGGAGAACAGGAAAAAGGAGGAAGAGGAGAGAAAGAUAGAGGAGGAGAAGGACAGUACGAAAGAGGAAGAAGGCAGGAAGAAAGAAGAGAAGGAGAGGAAAAAAGAGGAAGAGGAGAGGAAGAUAGAGGAGGACAGGAAGAAAGAGGAAGAGGAGAGGAAGGAGGAGAUGAAGAAGAAAGAGGAGAAGAGGAAGAAAGAGAAGGAGAGGAAAAAAGACAAGGAGAAGAAGAAAGAGCAAAAGAGGAAAGAGGAAGAUAAGAAAGAGGAGGAACAAGAGGAGAGUGCAGAGGCACUCGGGAUCAUUCUGAGUGCUACAGAGCUGAAUGUAAAGACAGGAUUAUGUGUUGUGUCUGCAAAUGCUGCUUCAUACAAACCCCUGCUGCAGCCUCCUUGUCUCCCUGCUGAUGAGGGUGUGGAUGAAGCCUGCCUUGCCCAGGAGGCCCUCAGGGUUGAGCAGCUGGAGGAAGUUGAGAUAAGUAAUCUGGAAGGUGCCCUUGUGCAGGUGGAAGAGGAGACAGCUGAAGCUGUUGAUGCUGAAGGUACAACCUGUAGCAGAAUGAUGCCAAACUGGGGUGAAGAGAAGCAGGGCAUGCAGUGCCUGCAGGCUGCUAGCAGCAUGGCCGGGCGGGCCCGGGACGUCGAGCUGCACCGGCUGGUGCAGGACAAGCCGCGGGCUGGCAGGGACCCGUCCCCUGCUGGCCACGGGGCUCUGGAGCAGCUCCCCAAUGUCCCCAGCUGCCGAGCCCCCGCUGCCGCCCGCACCCCCGUCCCUGGCGCCAGCGAGCCAAAGGCUGGAGUUGUCAACCCCAAUUUUUGCACUGAGGAGCAAUUCCCUCUAGGUGAUGCCCCCACCGUGGAGAUGGAGGAUGUGGACAGCCCAGGCCGUGCUGUGGAGCUCCACGGCCGCCAUGGAGCGCUGCCGGCUCCCGAGCUGCUGGCGGUGCCCGGCACAGCAUCCCCCAGGAGGAAGCGACUGCUCCCAGAGGAUGCUCUGGACAAGGGGCUGGUGAGCCAACCCCCCAGCCGAGUGCUGGGCUGGGACGAGGAGCAGAGGGAAAGCCUGCCCGAGCGCUUCGGCUCGGCCUCAAGCCUGAGCAGCGCCGUCAUCAACAGCCGGCUCCAGGAGCUGGUGAGGCUCUUCAAAGAGAGGACUGAGAAGGUGAAGGAGAAGCUGAUUGACUCCGAUGUCACCUCGGAUGAGGAGAGCCCUGUGGCAUCUCCCACCAAGCCAGCACCUGCAGCAGCACCAGUGCCUGCCCCAGGAGGGGAGCUGGAGGGGGACAAACCUUUGGGGGAUGACCACUACUGUGAGAUGCUGUGCUGCACGUUCAAGCACCGGCCCUGGCUGGACCGCCUGAAAAGCUACCAGUUCCCCAGCAGCAUCGACCCCCUCACCAAUCUGAUGUACGUGCUGUGGCUGUUCUUCGUUGUCAUGGCCUGGAACUGGAACUGCUGGUUGAUCCCUGUCCGCUGGGCUUUCCCCUACCAGACUCCAGCGAACAUCCACUACUGGCUGCUGGUGGAUUACCUCUGUGACCUCAUUUAUCUGCUGGACAUCGUCAUCUUUCAGACCCGCCUGCAGUUCGUGCAGGGGGGAGACAUCAUCACUGACAAAAAGGCCAUGAAAGAGAACUACCUGCGAUCACAACGCUUCAAGAUGGAUGUGCUGUGCCUCCUGCCCCUGGAUUUCUUCUACUUCAAAGUGGGUGUCAACCCCCUCCUGCGCUUCCCUCGCUGUCUGAAGUACAUGGCCUUCUUCGAGUUCAACAACCGCCUGGAGGCCAUCCUGACCAAGGCAUACAUCUACAGAGUGAUUCGGACCACUGCCUACCUGCUGUACAGCCUGCACGUGAACUCCUGCCUCUACUACUGGGCCUCAGCCUACGAAGGGCUGGGCUCCACCACCUGGGUCUACGAUGGGGAAGGAAACAGCUACAUCCGCUGUUACUACUGGGCAGUGAAAACCCUCAUCACCAUCGGGGGCCUGCCAGACCCCAAGACACUGUUUGAGAUCGUCUUCCAGCUGCUGAACUACUUCACAGGCGUCUUUGCUUUCUCUGUCAUGAUAGGGCAGAUGAGAGACGUGGUGGGUGCUGCUACUGCAGGACAAACUUACUAUCGGAGCUGCAUGGACAGCACCAUUAAAUACAUGAACUUCUACAGGAUCCCCAGAACAGUUCAGAACAGGGUGAAGACGUGGUACGAGUACACGUGGCACUCCCAAGGCAUGCUAGAUGAGUCAGAGCUGCUGGUGCAGCUGCCAGACAAGAUGAGGCUGGACAUUGCCAUCGACGUGAACUACAACAUCGUGAGCAAAGUGGCCCUUUUCCAGGGCUGUGACAGACAGAUGAUCUUUGACAUGCUGAAGCGGCUCAGAUCAGUGGUCUACCUGCCCAAUGACUACGUGUGCAAGAAGGGAGAAAUAGGCCGUGAGAUGUACAUCAUCCAGGCGGGACAAGUGCAGGUGCUGGGGGGACCCGACGGCAAAUCCGUGCUGGUGACUCUGAAAGCUGGAUCUGUCUUUGGGGAAAUCAGCUUGCUGGCAGCAGGAGGGGGAAAUCGCCGGACAGCAAACGUCGUGGCCCACGGCUUCGCCAACCUUUUUAUUUUGGAGAAGAAAGACUUGAACGAGAUUUUGGUGCAUUACCCGGAGUCUCAGAAGCUGCUGCGUAAGAAAGCCAAGAAAAUGCUGAGAAGCAGCAACAAACCCAAAGAUGAGAAGGGAGGCCCCGGAGAUCCCCUGAUCAUCCCCCCGAAAGCUGACACCCCAAAGCUGUUCAGGGCUGCCCUGGCUGCCACAGGGAGGAUGGGGGGCAAGGGGCCCCUGGGGCGGCUCCGCUGGAGGCUGAAGGAGCUGCAGGUGACGCAGGAGGCACAGGGUUCCAGUGUCAGCCCAACCCCACCAAAAUCACCAGUGCACCAGAGAUCGCCUGUCACGGCCCGCAGAGCACAGACCCGCCUGGGAGAAGAAAUAUCCUCAGAAUCUUCUGAUCAUUCAGUCACCAUUCGUGUGAUUUCCACAGCAAAAGAAGAUGAGGAAAUCCUUGCUGCUGAGAUUUCAGAGAAAGAUGAAAAAAAAGAAGAGCAAUGAAACAGCAGCAGGUCCCAGGGCAGGCGUAGGAGUCAGGCAAAUGCCUGGGCUAGCAGAUUUUUUUUGUUAAUGAUUUCCAUGCAGUGGCUGUAGGUUUUGCUAUGUGCUGUGGGUAGGAUCUGCCUCUCUCUUCUGCCAGACCCUCAAUCACUGCUGAUAAAACCCUCUGCCAUUUGACCCAGAACCAUAUAGGGUUUCUUUGCUCUGCAGAUCUAUUGAGCACCUUUAUGAAUUUCCCACUAAAUCUCAGGUCAGCCCUCUUGCUUUGAAAUCCAGCCUUGUGGAAGGACAGCUAUGGAAAAAUUGCUUUUUAUGGCUCUGGAUGGUUAAUGAGUGUUCAAACAAAGCAUGAAGAGUUAUUCACCUCUGACAGCUGAGUCACUGCUUGGCUAGAAACAACCAAGGGAAAAAAAACAACAAGGUUCCUGUGUUGGGCUCAAGGUUGACAGCAGCAGUGGGCAGUGAUUCAUCUGAAAAGGAUGUGGACUAUGCUCACAGGCCAAGCAUGGAGCAAAUCAAGCUGUCAUGAGAAUGCCAAGCUCUGUCCCCAAGUGCACAGACUGCAAGAUGCUUGAGGGUCCCCUCAUGGUGCCAAGACCACCUUGGCUUUGCCACUGGGAAGAAUUCUUGCCAGCUGUCCACUCUGGGAAGGUGGUGGACUCUCCAUUAUUGGGGUUUCUUAUGGGGAGAUUUGAUGAGCAUCUUUCAAGCGUAGAGAAGCACAAUCCUGGAUGAGAUGUUCCUGGAGUUCUUUUCCAACCUUGGGAUUUUUCUGUGCUGCCACUGCUGGGAGGGAUAAACAGAGAGCAGGAAGGGAAAAGCUGAGUUGGUUCCCAGCUGGGAGGGGAAAGAGAAGUGCAGUAAGUGCUCUCCUCUCCCAGACAGUGUUUCAGAGCCUGUAACAUGCCACAAGUGUGCACGAGCUUGCAGGUGCUCCCCUGCACUCAUUGCUGGAUCUCAGUGACAUCCAGAUUUCCAGCAGGCAAUUUCCAGCCCUUCAGCCACUUCAGACUGGCUCUUGGCCACAUUUCCCACGGAGACAAAAGCCACUCUGGUCCUGCUCAUCACUGAAGUCAUGAAGUCACUCUCCCAGUUGUGCUGGGACCUGGUGCUGGAGGGGAAGGCAAACAUCUGGUCAGCAGCCAGCAGCCAGCUGAUGGCUCAAGGUGUUCCAUCUUCUACCAGCACCACCAGCUCCUUCCUCAUCCUCCUCAAAGCCAGCACCCAGCAGAGCGAGCUGCUGGUGAGCUGAGAGGUGGUGAGAAGCAGUGCAUGGAUGAGGCUUUGCAGAUCCUCCCCAAGUUUUUGGCUGUCCAUGUUCCCACAGCACCUCUGGCUCCAUCGAGAGGAGCCACUUUCCAUCCUGUGGAGGAAAAGCUGGGGCAGGUUUUGCUGCAGGGAGCAGCCCUGUCACCAUGGCCAAGGGACUUCUCAGGUGUUCAGCAAAUGCAGUGAGCAGUGCUGCAGGUUCCACAGGUCUGGCUGUGACACAAUGAAGGGUGGCAGUGCUGCUGUCACCCCCUGGGUGAUCCCUCUUCCCAUCAGCAGCACGGGGCUGACCUUCACCUCCUUUGGGAUCUUCUUUUGUUGCUUUCCCCCCCCCCCCUCUCUUGCAAAGUGUAUGGGUUUCUGUGGCAAAAAAUAAAGCCAGAAUAGAUGUUAGCAUUAGUUAAUUGUUGCGAGACAGAGCAUACCAUUUAACUAAAAUAUAACACCACAGUUAAUAAUGUCUUGCUUUCUUUUUAAACAAAUUUGAUGAGCUCCACUAUACUGCAGCAGGGUCUGAAGCCAUCACAUUGCAGGGGAGAGCCUGCACUCACCCAAAUCUCCCUGAAUACUUCUUAUGCUCAGUCAUUUGCAAGUGGUUUCCUCCCAGGUAGAAGAUUUUGGUAGGGAGUGCAAAGUUUGGGGGUUUUUGCACUCUUUAAAUAAAUAUUUAUAUAAUCACACCAGGAAAUGUGCAAAAAUCAAACUGGGGCUCUUAUUUACUUCUAUGAUUUAAUAUUCUUUAGAAAUAGUGUUUAAAUAAAUAGUGGGCUGUAAUUGCUCUCAUAAUUCACUGUAUCUACAAUAAACACCAUGUAGAUUACCAUU